AUGGCAGACCUCGACCUUCAAGCCGUCCAUGAUGAGCUCGUAUCAGUGGCCUACGAGGCCGGAUCAAUGAUUCUGGCCGCCAACCCUGCUGAGCUCGAUACUGAUACCAAGCUCAACUCCGUCGACAUCGUCACCGAAGCAGACAAGGGUGUCGAGAAGAUGGUAUCGACCCGCCUAUCAUCCUCUUUCCCCAACAUUUCCUUCAUGGGUGAGGAAACGUAUCAGCCUGGCAUGAAGCUUGGCCCCGAACCAACCUUCGUUGUAGACCCCAUCGACGGCACCACCAACUUCGUCCAUUCGUUCCCCAGCGCUUGCAUUUCUCUCGGUCUCGCUAUCGAUCGCAAGCCUGCCAUCGGUGUUAUCUACAACCCCUGGCUCGACACCCUCUACACCGCCAUCAAGGGUCGCGGUGCCUUUCUCACACACGGUCGUGGAAAGGAGCCUCGCCGCCUUCCUCUCGCACGCUCUCCUCGACCUAUCGAAGGACUCGGAAGUUCGCUCGUCGCAAUUGAGUGGGGUGCGCAGCGCGAUGGACCCAACUUUGACGUCAAGGUUGAGGCUUUCAGGAAGCUCACGGCCAGCACCGAGACAGGUGGUUCGAUGGUACACUCCCUGCGAUCAAUGGGAUCUGCUGCGCUGAACAUUGCUGCGGUCGCGGCCGGCCAGUGCGAUCUUUACUGGGAGGGUGGAUGCUGGGCAUGGGAUGUCUGCGCUGGAUGGGCAAUCCUCAACGAGGCCGGUGGUCGAAUGGUACACGGAAACCCAGGCAACUGGGAUCCUGAGCUUGAGUCGCGCGUGUACCUUGCUGUCCGAGGCGCCCCAAGUGGUCAAAAGGAGCUUGUUGAGGAGUUCUGGGGAGUCCUUGGAGAUAAUAAGCUGGAUUACUCUAUUUAG